AUCAAGUCAGCUUGGUGUGGCUUCCAGGACGUGAACAUCUUCGACAGUGCCCCAGUAAUCGGCGAACAUCCUCUUUAUAAGAAUCUCUAUAUGAUGUGUGGAUUUAGUGGCAGGGGUGCGAUGCACGCACUGGCAACCGGACGAGCUUUCUCCGAACGAUUAUAUGAUGGAGCAUAUGUGUUGUGA